GGUUCUCAGGGGCCGGGCAGCAGAUGGAAAGCUAGUUUGUGGUCAAUGUUUUUGAAUAUGUUAAUAUAUUCAGGGGGUGUGUGGUAGACUUCAGUGUUGUGGGGGUCUCCUACGCAUUGUGCUGGUAUGGGAACGUGUCUGUGAUUUUGUGCAGACACGACCGUCUUUCGUUGGACAUUCAGUCCAUGUGGGUUAGGAUUCUGCGGUGAUGUAAAAUCAAGGCAAAGGAAACAAAAGCAGAGAGAAUACAGACGCAUAGACAGACAGAAAGGGAAAGAGCGAGAGAUAGCACAGACAGACGGACAGACUGACAGAUAGAGGAGGAGCAAGAGAAAAUACGGACAAAAACAAAGAAGGAGAACCAGCGAAGAACCAGGAGGUGUUUUUUAAUCCUGGAUUUGUGUGAAAUAGUCAUGGAGACAACGUAUGAUGACCCUGAAGAUGAACAGCAGGAGAAACCAGGUUGUUUCGAGUGCUGUAUUAAAUGUCUCGGCGGCGUUCCCUACGCAUCUCUGGUCGCCACAAUCCUGUGCUUCUCAGGUGUGGCUCUCUUCUGCGGAUGCGGUCAUGUCGCCCUGACGGGCACCGUUACCCUCAUGGAGAACCACUUUUCCAAGAUCACAGCUGAUAAUGCCUUGCUGACUGACAUAGUCCAGCUCAUGCAGUACGUCAUCUACGGCAUCGCUUCCUUCUUCUUUCUGUACGGGAUCAUUCUGCUGGCUGAGGGAUUUUACACCACCAGUGCAGUGAAAGAGCUUCACAGCGAGUUUAAGACGACCGUCUGUGGCCGCUGUAUCAGUGGAAUGUUUGUGUUUCUGACAUAUAUCCUGGGCAUUGCCUGGUUGGGUGUCUUUGGCUUCUCCGCUGUACCUGUGUUUCUAUUCUACAACAUGUGGUCCACCUGUGCUGCCAUGCGAUCACCAGUGGCCAACCUCACGUCUGUGGAUAGCAUCUGUGUAGACGUGCGUCAGUACGGGAUUAUUCCGUGGAACGCAACACCAGGAAAAGUCUGCGGCUCGACUCUGGGAGAAAUUUGUAACACAAAUGAGUUCUACCUGUCUUAUCACCUGUAUAUCGUAGCGUGUGCAGGAGCAGGUGCGACAGUCAUCGCUCUGCUCAUCUACAUGAUGGCCACCACGUAUAACUUUGCUGUUUUGAAGUUUAAGAGUCGAGAAGACUGCUGCACUAAAUUUUAACUUGAGUUUGACAUUGAUGUCAUAACUUAGAGUCACUCACCAGAUGGACUUAACAAAAACCCAGCAGCCGGUUACUCAGACACGUAUAUAACCUGUACAUAUAGUGAUGCGAGUGUAAAUGUCAACUAUUGCUUUGUCUUUCUAUCAUCACCACCACCAUCACAGUGUUAUUAUAAAGAAUGAGAUCAGCUUAAUUUCCUCCAUUAACUCAAAUAAGUAACUAAACUUUGUGGCAUUAUUAAGGACGAUGUGCUCGAGUGAACCCUGCAUGUCAUAAAUAUUAAAAAUGAAUUUGAUUUGAUUAUGAAGAAAGUGAAUAGGAUUUAUAAUGAGCUGCAAUGGAGGAAUUUUUUUUUUUUUUUAGAAAUGUGCCAGUUCUGCGAGUGCCAGUUGAGACCUUCAGUGUUUUUAUGAUGGUUUCUCAUUUUAACCCUGUUUACACUUUUCAUUUUUUGCCUUUUUCAUUCUCAUAUGUUACAAGCAGUGUAAUGGAGAUUUUAAGUAUGUUUACUUUAAAGCGUUGAGGACAGAUGUCAGUGUUCAGAUGCUACACACACUGUAAAAAGUGAAGUAAAAUUAUCUAAAAACACCUAAAACAUUCAAGCUUUUUUCCCUUAAAGGUGCAGUGUGUAACUUUUAGGAGGAUCUAUUGACAGAAAUGCAAUCUGAUCAACAUAACUAUAUUAUUAGUGGUGUAUAAAGACCUUACAUAAUCAACUUUAUUGUUUUUUUUUACCUUAAAAUUAGUCGUUUUUACCUCUAUACACCGCGGGUCCACUUACAUGGAAGUCGCCGUCGUGUUUCUACAGUAGCCCUAAACGGAUCAAUUCUCUAAAGAGCGCGUUUCAUGCUUACGUUGUUUCAGACGAUAACAUGUUUGUCCUGUAUCAGCUACCAUACACGUUUUGAAAUUGAGAGGUGAGCUGUUUGUUGCAAUUCACAAUCUCACCACUAGAUGCCCCUAAAAAUGUACACACACCACCUUUAAAGUAAGAUAAUUAAAGUUGAAAAUGUUUUCAUUUUUAGGUGUUACCAGUUGAAGUAUAUUUUUUAAGUUAAAGGUGCAGUGUGUAAAUAUUAGCGGCAUCUAGUGGUGAGGUUGCGAAUUGCACCCCUCCAUUUCGAAGCACAUAGAGAAGCUACGGUAGCUGCCACAGGACAAAGAUGUCAUCGUCUGAGACAACCUAGUGACAAACUCACUUUGUAGAGCAGUUUGUCCGUUUAGGGCUUCUGUAGAAACAUAAUGGUGCUUAUUUUAAGGAAAUAAAACAAUACAGUUCAUUAUGUUUGCUCUUUAUACACCAAUAAUAAUAUAGUUAUGUAGAUUAUAUUGCAUUGCUCAUAAAAGAUCCUUCUAAAAUGUAUGCAACGCACUUUUAAUCCAACUUUGACUUCUUACAGUGCAACUGACCUAGUUAUCAUGUUAUGCUCUGAUCUAGUUAACUGCUAUUAGUGGCUAUCGAUCUGGUUUCAGUCACACAUUUGGCACUGUUGCUUUAAAAAAAACUUUAUAGAAGAUUAACUUCAUAAUACAAAUAACAAGUAAAUAAUAAUAAUGUGUUAUUAGGUUAGGGUUUCUGUGACUGUAUAGGUGAAAUUGACAAGAGGUUUAGUUGUGCCUUAUGUGAAUAAAUUCACAGACCAGAUUUAAUUAGUGAUGUCAUCAAAUGAUUCGCCUCUAUAACCCUAACAUUUGGCUAUUAAUAAUCACACUACACAUUAAAACUAUAAUGCACUAGAACCGACUAGUAAUGCCAAACACCUGAGCGUGCUUAUAUACUUCACAUUAGUCUUAGUAAGUUAGGGUAUAAAAUAAAGCAUCAAGCCACAAAUAGCUGUGAAUUACAGUGAUUUACCCCUUUAAGCAUGGUAAAGUACUGUAAAGCACAUCAUAAAGUGCCUUACUGUUUUUUUAAUCAAACGAAGGAUUCAGAUGCUAAACUCUGAUUGGAUGAGUAAACACACGUGACACCUGUGCACGAGUCUUUAUUAAAGUUACAUUGCUUAUGACCUGUAAACAGCUUACAGUGAGAUGAUGAAUAAAGUUUGGGUCUGUUUAAUAAUAAAUCUAACCAUUAAAAUAAUAAAGUACAGUACUGAUGUAAAGCGUCUUUAUGUGUGCCUGUAUCAAUGUGCACAAAGCUUUUUCAUCCAAUCAGAGUUUAGAGGUGGAGCUUCAUGAGUUCAGAUUGACUUCUGUUUAAUCCAGUGUCAGUGUUAUGUCACGUAUCAUAACCAUGUAUAGAUUUCUAAUAUUUUUGAUAUUUUAUGGACGUGAUGCUGCUCAUAUUGCAGGAUCGCAUGCGUAUUUGACAAUUUCUUCUCUUAGUUAUUGAUGACCGACUCAGAAUUAACAGAUUGCAUGAUUGACUUUUUUAAUUCCUUCAUGAUUAUUUAAUGUGUCAGUAAGAUUUUGGUGGCUGUAGUUUUUCUUUCUAUAAAAAUAAAAAUACUUUGUGUACAAAAUA